GGUCACCAGGUUAAUGGGCCUGUCAUUGAGGAGGAAGCUACCAGAAGCUGGACUGGAGAUACAGUUUCUCUUUCACUGCUCCUUUACUCUAAAGAAACCCUAGUAAGGACCAUGCUCCUGCUUCCUUUGCUACCUGUCCUUUUGUGUGUGUUGACCGUGUCCUCAUCAGGGUCACAAACCUGUGAGGAUACCCUGAAGACUUGCUCUGUGAUAGCCUGUGGCAGAGAUGGGAGAGAUGGACCCAAAGGGGAGAAGGGAGAACCAGGUCAAGGGCUCAGGGGCUUGCAGGGCCCUCCGGGAAAAGUGGGGCCUCCAGGAAAUGUAGGAAUCCCUGGAUCACCAGGACCAAAAGGCCAAAAAGGGGACCAUGGAGACAAUAGCGCCAUUGAGGUGAAGCUGGCAAAUAUGGAGGCAGAGAUAAGGACCCUGAAAUCAAAACUGGAACUAACCAACAAGUUGCAUGCCUUCUCAAUGGGCAAAAAGACUGGGAAGAAGUUCUUUGUGACCAACCAUGAAAAGAUGCCCUUUUCCAAAGUGAAGGCUCUGUGCACAGAGCUCCAAGGCACUGUGGCUAUCCCCAGGAAUGCUGAGGAGAACAAGGCCAUCCAAGAAGUGUCCACAGGAGCUGCCUUCCUAGGCAUCACAGACGAGGUGACUGAAGGUCAAUUCAUGUAUGUGACAGGGGGGAGACUCACCUACAGCAACUGGAAAAAGGACGAGCCCAAUAACCAUGGCUCUGGGGAAGACUGUGUCAUUAUAUUAGAUAAUGGUUUGUGGAAUGACAUUUCCUGCCAAGCUUCCUUCGUGGCUGUCUGUGAGUUCCCAGCCUGAGGAAACUAGUGCCUCCAUCUUUUCCUUGGCUCCUCUCUGAACUCUCAGUUGCUUCCAAAGAAAAUUCAGUACUGGUUUCUCAA